GUAGGUGAAGCCGUAUAAAAUGUACCCGGCCUGGCUCAACUCAAUCCCACCCCCGCACAUCAAACCCUAAACCCCUCUCUCCUCUCGGGCCGCCGCCAUGUCGCCGCCGCCGCCGCAGCUGCCACACCCGGUGCCCCGAGCGACGGUUGCCGGCGCCGUGGCCUCCCUGACCAAGUGGAUGAAGAAGCGCGCCGCAGCCGCGCCACCGAACCUCCUCGCCGACGAGCGCGACGACCUCGUCCUCCUCCAGCUCUCUCUCCGCCGCGUCCCCGCCUCGCCCGUCACCAGGCCGCGCCUGCUCCCACUCCCGCACCCCAUCAUCGCGCACGCCGGCGCAUCCGUCUGCGUCAUCGCCGACGACCGCCCCAAGUCGCGGUCCCCGCCCGCCUCCGACCUCCUCGAGGCGUCCAAGUCGCUCCACCUCCCCGUCUCCGAAGUCAUCCCACUCUCCACGCUCCGCACCGACUACCGCCCGUACGAGUCGCGGCGCCGUCUCGCCGCAUCCCACGACCUCUUCAUCGCCGACCGCGCCAUCCUCCCGCUGCUUCCGCGCGUCCUCGGGAAGGCAUUCUACUCCACCAAGAAGGCUCCGAUCGGAGUAGACUUCACCCGCGUCGGGUGGCCGGAGCAGGUCCGUAAGGUGCUGGGCUCGACUUUUCUGUACCUGCGGUCGGGGACCUGCUCUGGGAUUAAGGUGGGGAGGCUGGACAUGGAGGAAGAGGAGAUCGUGGAGAAUGUGAUGGCGGCGGUGGAGACGGCUGUCGAAAAGGUGCCAAAGAAGUGGGCUAAUGUAAGGGCGCUGCAUUUGAAGGCGGUGGAUUCGGUCGCGCUGCCAAUUUACCAGGUUGUGCCAGAGUUGGGUAUGAAGAUUGAGGUGCCGGUUGUGAGAUUGGAGGGAGAAGUUGGUGCCGGGGAGGCCAUUGAUGCUGCAGAAGUGGAGACUGCGGGGAAGGUGACGAACAAGAAGAAGAAGGCAUUAAGAUAUGCAGAUGCCAAUGGUGGCGAGAGGGUUGCAAAUGAGGAGAGUGGCAAGAGGAAGAGGAAUAAAAAGGAGCAGAAUGAGGAUGUUGUGAUGAAGGAACAAGUCCAGGCAGAGAUGGAGAAGAAGAAGAGGAGGAAGAGUAUCGUGGUUCCUGUUGAUGAGGGGCAGAAGGUUGGCAAGAAGGGUAAGGAGAAGGUCAAGCGUGCAUUGGAAAAUGAGGUGGAGGCCAGUAUGGACAAUAAAAAAGGUAAGAAGGGGAAGAUCGAGGAGGGGAAGAUCGAGGAGGGGAAGAAGAAGAAGAAGAGCAUGAAGGGUGGAGGAGAUGAUUGUGAAGUCUCGGCGGAGGUAAGCAAGAGUAAGGGGAAGAAACCGGAUGGAGAUAAGGUCAAGAGGACAAGGACCAGGGUAAAGGUAUAAGGUUACAGUUGAUACUCCUGCCGGAGAUGCCUGUUAAAACCAUCCUGCGGUAUAAUCAAUUGUAAUCAGCUGGAAGAACCAUAUUCACUUGAUAAGAUCACCUAACAAUUAUACCGUAGGAUUCUAUAACAUUUGGUCCCUCAGAGGUUUUGUCUGAAGUUGUUUCUUCAGGUUUUGUUAGCUUAGAAGCUCAAGCCUUUGGGUUAUAGAAAUAUGGUGAAACUGUUUCUUGCUAAGACUAUGUAAUCCAUUUGGAUCGGCUACAAAUUUGUGUUCAUCUAAGAAUAUGUUUGUGUUGU